GGAAGGUGCGAUACCCAAAGGGAGGUAUUUCCAGCUUGGAUUCUAAAAUUCAAUUGAGAGAGAGGGGUAACUCGAUCUUCAUGCUCCUCAUUAUUUUCUCAAGCACAUCCCCUCAUUAUUCACUUAUUCGAUUGAGAUAGACUGGAUGCCUGCACGCCAACCAGCUACAAAAGAGUUCCCAUCGUCUCUCAACCUCCCUUCAAAAACACCUCCACUUCAUACACCAUCAAACUUCUUCUUUUUCUACCAACACCACUUCAAAAUAACUUCAAAAUCAACCUUGAAUACGUUGAACGAGCGUCAACUUGCUAAGUACUAAACACUCGGGUUGUGCGCCAUACUUCCAGAUCCUUAACCGAUCUUUCAAGGCAGCCUUCAUUCAGCACCGUUUGGCCUCACUUCAAACUACAAAACGAGACGUGUUGCGCUCAUACAUCAAUUUUUGCCGAUAAUAAAGUACAUAACAUUGUCAAGCUCAAGCUCAACUUCAAUUAUCUUCCACGACUAUCUGCUAGUUUCCUGAUAUCAGCUCGUCAACUAAUACUCAAGAUGGCAUGGCGCAACAACGGUUAUGCUCCUGCUGCCGAGCGCGCAGGCGUUAUUCCAAUCGGAUUCAAAUUCAAAUGCCGUUACUGUAACAUUUUUAAAACAAAGGGUUGCUUCUCCAAAAAAGAGAUUGGCCCGUUAGAAAGAGAUGUUGCUCGAAAUCCAGGUAUGAGACUGGACCCUAUUAGCCCACUUCUACGAUGCAUGGAAUGCAAGGGCGGGCAAGUCAUGGAGCGCCAGUGCGAGGGGCCAUGUUCUAAGAUUAAAACUUUAGACAUGUUUAGCAAGUCUCAGAGGUCUAGGGGUAACGGGUGGUGCAUGGAAUGUGUUCAAUGGAAGGAAGGUCAUCAUCCCGAGGUCAAUACUACACCUGCUCCUGGUACCGAGCUAGAGCAGCUUGAUACAACCAAUGAUGCACCUGAGCCCACAACAGGUUCUUCUUAUGCUGCCAGUAUGGCGAGUUUGUCCCUUGGCAAUACUCCAAACGGUUCCCAACUUGCACCGCAUCUAAGAGGAGCUGCUGGCAGUCAAAUUGAGAACCGCUCGCAAUCGUCUAUGAGUAACCCAUUUGAAGGUGCUCGUACAGCGGAUCUUCCAACUAGCUCAGAUGUCUGGUCUACUCGCGACUCGAGACGUCGUGCAGGUCCUGCCAUACAGUACAAUGCAUAUGACGCCAAUGGGGUACGCCAUUCUCAAGAAAGGGCAAUGACCUUGACAUCUCAGGCUACUUCAACUGUCGGUGCAUCCAGCGCAACUUCUGUUGCCAGCAGUCCUGCUCGUGCUACUCGCCCAGUCACCCAAAGUCCAGCCGCCACUGCUUCUCGUCCUUCACCCACCACAGCUCCUCGUGUAGUUGUUAACCAAUCCACUGGUUGGGCCAGACCUAUCGGCACUCGCACUGCACAGCCAUCCAACCCAGGUGCUGUCACUGCAUGGGCCCCAGAGUCGAAUGAGGUUUACCGCAGAUCGGCCUACGACUCCAGCGAUGAUGAAAUGUAAAUGAUAUGACAAUUGGGAAGUUCUAAUCCUACCAUUCACUUAGUUGCUCCCCCGGGAACCAUGGUUCGGAGAAGAACAGAACACUUGCAACAACUUUAUGAAGUUUUCAAUUGAGGCUCCUUUAUUGAGUGGGCGACUGUCUAUCAAAACAAUGCCUUUUCUUUUCUAAAAGUUAAUACUAGCUUUUCUAUUUUUUUUUCUUUGAACACUAUUUACGUUGACGUUGCUCUCGAGCUCCGUACGCGGCAUGCGAUGGUUUCAUUGCUUUCGCUUUGGCUUCGACAGGAGACACUAGCAAGCGAGAUUUAUUCGUAAUGCGUUGCUUAGAUAGUUAAUACAAGCGAUUUAUUUA